ACACAUGAAAGCAUCAAAGCCAGAAAGCAGUAAGCAAACCAAUAGCAAGAGAGAUACUGCGAGAGAAACAUUAGGAAUUGAGUGAGCAAACAUGGAGUACUCAUGGUUCCGUUUUAUGCUUCUUGCUGUCUGCCUCUUCCCUGCUUUGGUCGAGUGCAGGAUUCGGCAUUACAAGUUCAAUGUGGUGAUGAAAAAUACUACCAGGCUAUGCUCAAGCAAGCCGAUUGUUACCGUCAAUGGCCUGUUCCCAGGACCAACUCUGUAUGCCAGGGAAGACGAUACAGUUCUUGUGAAAGUUGUUAACCGUGUCAAAUAUAAUUUGUCUAUCCACUGGCAUGGCAUUAGGCAAUUAAGAACGGGCUGGGCUGAUGGACCAGCGAACAUUACGCAAUGCCCCAUUCAGACAGGGCAAAGUUAUGUCUACAAUUUCACAAUCACAGGCCAGAGAGGCACACUUCUUUGGCAUGCACAUAUUCUCUGGCUAAGAGCCACUGUCCACGGUGCCAUAGUUGUCUUGCCUAAGCUUGGUGUCCCCUACCCAUUCCCAGCUCCCCACAAGGAAGUGGUUGUUGUUUUAGCGGAAUGGUGGAAAUCAGAUACCGAAGCUGUGAUCAAUGAGGCUCUUAAAUCCGGAUUAGCACCAAAUGUCUCUGAUGCUCACACAAUUAAUGGGCAUCCAGGAGCUGUCUCAACUUGUUCUUCACAAGGCGGUUUCACUUUGCCAGUCCAAAGUGGCAAGACCUACAUGCUUCGGCUGAUCAAUGCUGCACUCAAUGAGGAGCUCUUCUUCAAAAUUGCAGGGCACAAGCUUACUCUUGUGGAAGUUGAUGCCACCUACGUUAAACCUUUCAAAACUAGUACAGUACUAAUUGCCCCAGGACAGACCACCAAUGUCCUCGUCACAACUAACAAAAAUACGGGCAAGUACUUGGUUGCAGCAUCCCCAUUCAUGGAUGCUCCAAUUGCAGUGGACAACAUGACUGCAACAGCUACUUUACACUAUUCAGGAGCACUUUCUAACUCCCCCACAACUCUCACCGUCCCACCUCCCAAGAAUGCCACUGCAAUUGCCAACCAAUUUACGAAUUCUCUACGCAGUCUAAACUCGAAAACGUUCCCUGCCAAAGUCCCAUUAACCGUUGAUCACAGCCUUUUCUUCACUGUUGGUCUAGGAAUUAACCCGUGUCCAACUUGCAAAGCUGGUAAUGGUAGCAGAGUUGUUGCUAGUAUCAACAAUGUCACAUUUGUCAUGCCUACCACUGCCCUGCUUCAAGCACAUUUCUUCAACAUCAGUGGUGUGUUCACCACUGAUUUUCCUGCAAAGCCACCGCAUGUUUUUAAUUACACAGGCACUCCACCCACAAAUUUACAGACCACAAGUGGAACAAAAGCAUAUAGGUUGCCCUACAACUCGACAGUCCAACUUGUUAUGCAAGAUACUGGGAUCAUAUCCCCUGAGAACCAUCCAAUCCAUUUACAUGGAUUCAAUUUCUUUGCUGUCGGUGGGGGAGUAGGGAAUUACAAUCCGAAGACCGAUCCUAAGAAAUUCAACCUUGUUGACCCUGUUGAACGGAACACAAUUGGAGUACCUUCUGGUGGAUGGGUUGCCAUAAGAUUUCGUGCCGAUAAUCCUGGAGUUUGGUUCAUGCAUUGCCAUCUCGAGGUCCACACUACAUGGGGACUUAAGAUGGCAUUCUUGGUGGACAAUGGAAAAGGCCCUAAUGAGUCACUUCUGCCGCCUCCAAGCGAUCUUCCAAAAUGUUAAACCAGCUGAAGAAAUUAAUUUACUUAAAGGGAUAGAAGCAGUAGCGGAUCAGAACAGUGGUCCGAGCCGAAAGAUCCUAUGCGCGAAAGGAGAGGAGUAAAAUAUAUAUAUAUAAACACACACACAUAUAAAAAAGAAAAGUUGAGAGUUAAAAGAUCCAAUUUGUUUCUUGAGUAUUUUGAAAUAUUUGCUCAAGCGAGUUUGAAUAAAAUUUUAUGAGCGAUACAGUUGUGGAAA